AGACAGCGGCGGGCGCCUUGCCAUAAAAGCACAGCGCUUCUACACCCGCCGCCGCCACUCGUUGCAGCCUCUCUACCUCUACCUACUGGAGUAGGGAGCACGCCGCACGAGCCCUUUCCGCCGCCGCCAAAAUGGUGAACGUUCCUAAGACCAAGAAGACCUACUGCAAGAACAAGGAGUGCAAGAAGCACACUCUCCACAAGGUUACUCAGUACAAGAAGGGUAAGGAUAGCCUGUCUGCCCAGGGAAAGCGCCGUUAUGACCGCAAGCAGUCAGGAUAUGGUGGCCAGACCAAGCCUGUCUUCCACAAGAAGGCCAAGACCACCAAGAAAAUCGUAUUGAAGCUGCAGUGCCAGAGCUGCAAGCACUACUCACAGCACGCAAUUAAGAGGUGCAAGCAUUUUGAGAUUGGUGGAGACAAGAAGGGCAAGGGAACAUCUCUCUUCUAAGUUUCUCAUCGCCCAUCUCGAUGUUGGAUCGAACCUGUGGGUCUACUACUGUUCUAAAAACUCGUCAAAUUUCAAUGUUACUAGUAGUUCUGAAAGCAGGUCAUGCUGUGUAUCAAAUUCCAAUGCCUGACAUUUGCGCUGAGUGUGGGUUGUCUUUUGGCUAAAUGAAGUUUUGCACCCUGAAUCUUCAUUGAAUGUGUUGUGUGUUUGUUUGAUUUUGUUCUGCGAUUGCCUUAGUCUAAAGCUUGAUCACACCGAGGAUGGUUUAUGUAAUGUAACUGGCUGAAUGGAA